UAACUAUUAUAUUUAUACUUUUGUGUGUCUUUUUUUAUAAUAUAUAUUUUAUGUAUGAUAAGCGUAAAAUCAAACAAGAAAUCUACUUACACACAGUAGUAGCAUUGUGAUCUUCCGUAUCGAUAAUAGAUAAAUAUACAUAUGUAUAAAUUUAAAAAUCGCGUCUUAGAUGGCGCUUGUCAAUUGUAGAACAUGACAAUUCAAAGUAUCGUGACUUGUAUUAAACAUGGCACUUUUUAGUAAUAACGCUUUGGCUGCUCCUGCACCAUUUUGGCAAAAUGGUCCUUCACCGGGCUGUUUUUAUAAUUUUCCUGGAAACGUCGUUCAAUCGGUCGAUCAGGGAAUACGUCAAAGAUCACAAGCACCCAUGACAACUGGUACAUCAAUUGUUGCUGUACAAUUUAAAGAUGGAGUUAUGAUUGCUGCCGAUACCCUGGCAUCAUAUGGUUCAUUAGCGAGAUAUAGAAAUUGUGAACGUAUCAUGAAAGUCAACAAUAAUAUUCUUCUUGGUGCCAGCGGUGAUUAUGCCGAUUAUCAGUGCAUUAAAAGUAAUAUAGAAAAGAAAAUUCUAGAAGAACAAUGCUUAGAUGAUGGAUUUACUCUAAAACCAAAAGCACUUUACUGUUGGUUAACUCGUGUAAUGUAUAACAGACGAUCAAGCUUUGAUCCAUUUUGGAAUAAUUUUGUAAUCGCAGGCUUAGAUGAUGGCAAACCAUUCUUAGGUACAGUAGAUAAACUUGGAACAGCUUACAUUGAUUCAGUGAUUGCAACUGGUUAUGGUGCCUAUAUAGCAACGCCAUUGUUGCGAAAAGCAUAUGAAGAAAAUAGUGAAAUGACUAAGGAAGAAGCGAAAGAACUACUUUACAAAGCGAUGCAAGUUCUUUUUUACAGAGAUGCUCGUUCCUUUCCUAAGUAUCACCUUGGUAUAAUUACUAAAGAUGAAGGUAUAGAAAUUCAAGGUCCAAUAACAUUAGACAGUAACUGGGAAGCUGCUAUUCUAACUAAAUAAAUGUACUCUUUCAUUUAAAAUAUUUACAAUUAAUUUUAUUAAAUAUAAUUUAAUUAUCUCAUUAAAGAAAAUUGAUUCUACUGCACAGUUUGUUCAGAAGUAUAUAAAGUUUAACUUUCUAUCAAUUUUAUAAAUAUCAAUAGCGACUACUUUGUCAUUAUUUCAUAACCACUGCUAGUUAU